UUCACAUUAAGUUUGUUUCGUAUUUGCUAAACUUAUCCGCCAUGUUUGAUGCUAUGUUUUACUACGGUGAAUAACUGGAACCAUAUAACUACUGAUCUAGCCUACAGUAACAAGAUUAGGCCUAUUAUCACUACUGCUUGGUAUCGGCGCUGACCGAUAGAAAGAUUUCAUAAUGGCGGACGGAGUGGAUAUAGAUUUGUAUGCAGAGGAUUUAGAACACGAUUUUAGUCAGGAAGGGGAAUACAACCAUGAUUCAAAUGUUGAUCUUUAUGAUGAUGUUAUCACAGCCUCUACAGGAGAUAUGGGACACCCUGAUGAGUUUGGGGUAAACCAAGAUGGAAUUUCUACAAGAUCUGUAUCUUCAAGUGGUGGACCUCCUACUAAGCGUGUGGCUAUUUAUGUGGGUAACCUCACAUGGUGGACUACAGACCAAAAUGUUAUUGAUGCCAUCAACAGCCUUGGUGUAAACGAUGUUUUAGAUGUCAAAUUUUAUGAAAAUCGGGCCAAUGGACAAUCAAAGGGAUUUUGUGUGGUUACACUGGGAUCUGAAAACUCCUUUAGAAUUGUUAUGGACAAACUCCCAAAAAAGGAACUUCAUGGACAAAAUCCAGUUGUAACACCAUACAAUAAGCAGAGUUUGAAUCAUUUUGAAAUGCAAGCUAGAAAACCCUCUCCAGGAAACAUGGGUCGGGAGGGGAUGGGUAGAGCAGGACCACCAGGUGGUGGAAUGAGAGAGAGAGAGUCAAGGGGAGAUAGAGGUCCAUCAGGAAUGAAUAGAGGAAGAAGUAAUGGCCCACCUAAUUUUCCACCUCAGCAGCAUAUGCAUGGGCAUCAUGGACCUCCUGUGGGCCCACCACCUCCACAGGGGCCACCACCACAAUUUAAUCAAGGAUGUUCCCCUCAACUAUGGGGAACAGGUCCCCCUCCACCACAGAUGCAUCAUCCACAAGGCCCUCCACCUUCAAGACCUGGUCCUCCACCAAUGGUGGGACAUCCUGGAAUGCCUCCACCACCACCAGGCAUGCAAGGACCUCCACCACCUCGUCAUGGUGGCCCACCUCCAGUAUUACCUGGAAAUAUCAGAGUGCCUCCUCCUCAUGGGCCACCACUACCUGGUCCAAGAGGACCACCUCCUCCGGACACCCGUGGCCCACCCCCACUUCGAAAUGAAUGGGAUAGACCUCCUGAGCAACCAUUGCCUCCCGGUGUUACUUCAACACGACCACCACACCCUGGUCCAACAGUACCUCCUCCAGGUCCUGGAAUGCCUCCUAAUAUGCCUCCACCUACAAGUCAUCCCCCAGCUCCACAUGUGAACCCAGCCUUCUUCCCUCCACAUAGCCAACCCCAGGGAAUGCCAACAGGACCACCACCACCUUCCCAGCCUGGAGAUAUGUAUGGCCGACCACCACCCAGCCAGUACCCAGAAUUUAGAGGACCUCCACUUGAAAGACAAGAUCACCAGAGUGCACCAAUCAGUGAUGCAGAAUUCGAAGAAAUUAUGAAUAGGAAUCGCACUGUUUCAAGUAGUGCUAUAGCUAGAGCAGUGGCAGAUGCAAGUGCAGGGGACUAUGCCAGUGCUAUUGAGACCUUGGUUACAGCAAUUUCAUUGAUCAAGCAGUCAAAAGUAGCAAAUGAUGAUCGCUGUAAGAUUCUUACAAGUUCUCUACAGGACACAUUGCAUGGAGUGGAAUCCAAGUCAUAUGGAUCACGAAGCAAGGAUCGUCCAAGAUCAAGAGAGAGAGAUCGAUCUCGUGAGAGGUCAUCUCGCAGAGAAAAGUCCAGUCGUCGUGAUCGCUCCAGAAGCAGAGAGAAGGAUUACAGAGACAGAAGCCGUGACCGAGAACGAUACUAUGAAGAUCGGCACAGCAGAGAUAAAGACAGAGAUAGAGAUCGUGAACGUGAACAUAGGAGUAGCAGGCAUUAGAGGCCUCCUCCGUGAAGGCUUGUAUCAUCUUUGCUGUAUGUGUGGGUAUGUCUGCAAGGCUUCACUCGUCCCAGUUUCCAUACUAGUUGGCCCAUCAUUGUGCUUUCCUCACUUGAUGCCUUAUCUCCACCUCCAAGAAGUCCUAUGUAAGAAUUACUUGAAGAAUCGUGGACAACACAAAGCUUCAAGUUUUCAGAAGCACUUCUCAAAGUGAAGAAAAGGAAGCAUCAAGUGGACUCUAGUAUUUGUGUAGUCCUCUUCAGCUGUUCAUUUUUUUUAUUUUUUUUAAUAUCUAGUGAAGCACAUUCCACAAGUUUUGAUUCCUGAACACAGCAAGAAUACACAAGAAUAUCAGUGCAUUUUUCAUAUUUGAAUUUUGUUUGAUUGUAGUCAUUCAUUAUGAAAUUGUUUUGCCAUUUUUAUCUCUGUAUUCUUCAUGAGAGCUUCCAUUAAAGGUUGCUACGUUCUUUUGAA